UUAGCCCGAACCGCGGCAGCCGGAUGAGGACAGCUUGUGUGGACCUGUAAUUCACAUUUUAGUACAAUGUAACGCGACCGCUCAUUUUAAUAUGUAAGUUUACUACGUUGGUUUGACUUUAAGUCAUUUUAUCAACAACAAAAAUCAGUUUCCUGCUGAGCUAUGUAGCUGGACAACACUGACUUUUAUCAGUCGGCAUUUGGGACGCGUCGCUGAUAAAUCUCAACGAACUAACGAGAAAAAAAGAACAACCAAAAAAAACAUUGGACACAUUUAUAUUCAUCGAAACGGUCUGUCAGGUUUCCAGAGCACGGCGGCGGUGACAGCUCGCAGUAACGUUACUCAGAGCACUUUAUGAAGUUGUGAAGCUCGUCCAGAGGCAGGUUUCACUAUGACAGAGCGGACUCCGCUUCUCCACUACCGCCUCUCCUCCAGCGUCAAUGAAUCCGAGCUGCGGUCACCUCCGGCCGGGCAGGCCCAGGAGCAGCACUCGGGCAGCCCCGGGCGGAGGUCUGCCCACCAGCGGCAGCCGAAGAAACUCUCCACCUUCUUCGGCGUGGUGAUCCCUACUUUGCUGUCAAUGUUCAGCGUGGUAGUCUUCCUCAGAAUAGGAUUCGUGGUGGGCCAGUCUGGACUGUACCAAUCUAUUGCCAUGUUCCUGGUGGCCUACUUCAUCAUCUGUAUGACUGUGCUGUCAGUCUGUGCCAUCUCCACCAAUGGAGCCCUGGAUGCUGGGGGAGCGUAUCACAUGAUCAGCCGAGCGCUGGGUCCAGAGUUUGGUGGCAGCAUCGGGAUCAUGUUCUUCCUGGCUAAUGUGUGUGGCAGCGCUCUGUUUGUGCUGGGUCUGGUUGAGGCCAUCAUGGGCACUUUCGGAGUGCCUGAAGGAGACGGGACUGUUGCCGCUGCUUCCUACCAGGUCCUGCCGUCAGGUUACUGGUGGUCUCUGCUCUAUGGCACAGUCAUCGCCCUGCUCUGCGUGCUGGUGUGCCUGGUGGGAGCCCACAUCUACGCCAAGGCCACCUUCAUCAUCUUCCUGGUGGUCAUAUUUGUUCUGGCAACCAUCUUCAUCAGCUUCUUUGCCGUGUGGCCUCGCACCAUCGUGCUGCCCAGCUCCCCCACACCUAACCCAGCGACAAACGGAACAGGCCCCACGUUUCCCACCACGGCCAACUUCACUGGCUUCAAGUUGGACACGCUGCUCGGGAACUUAUGGGCUGACUACACUGUGGAUUACACAACAGGAACUAUGAUGACCUUUGCCACUGUUUUCGCUGUGAUGUUUAAUGGCUGCACUGGCAUCAUGGCUGGUUCUAACAUGUCAGGUGACCUCAAGAAUCCCAGCUAUUCCAUCCCCCGUGGAACUAUCACAGCUGUCAUCUUCACCUUCAUCAUCUACAUCUUGCUCUGCGUGCUGGUGGCGUGCUCCUGUGACCGUGUCUUGCUGCAGAGGGAUUACAGUUUCCUGAGGGACAUUAAUGUCUGGCACCCCUUUGUCACCGUCGGAGUUUAUUCCUCCACGCUCUCCGCCGCCAUGAGCAACCUCAUCGGAGCCUCACGCAUCCUGUACGCCCUGGCCAGGGACGACUUGUUUGGUAAGGUGCUGUCUCCGGCUAAGAAGACGUCCCACAGUGGUAACCCCUGGGUCUCGGUGCUCAUCUCCUGGUUCUUUGUACAGCUGGUGCUGUUUUCAGGGAAGCUCAACACCAUCGCCAGCAUUGUGACCAUUUUCUUCUUGUUGGUGUAUGCUGCUGUGGACUUGGCCUGCCUUGCCUUGGAAUGGGCCUCUGCACCCAAUUUCAGGCCCACCUUUCGUUACUUCACCUGGCAUACGUGUGUGCUGGGCAUCGUGGGUUGUGCCGUCAUGAUGUUCCUGAUCAACGCCAUCUAUGCCUCGGCCAGCAUUGCCUUCAUGCUGCUGCUGCUUCUGCUGAUUCACUACCUCAGUCCCACUUCCAGCUGGGGCUACAUCAGCCAGGCUCUCAUUUUCCACCAGGUGCGUAAGUACCUGCUGAUGUUGGAUGUGAGGAAGGACCAUGUGAAGUUCUGGAGGCCUCAGAUUCUGCUGAUGAUUUCUAACCCUCGCAGCAGCGUGGGCCUUAUCACCUUCAUCAACGACAUCAAGAAGAGUGGCCUCUAUGUGCUUGGACACGUCCAGCUAGGAGAUCUCAAUACCUUACCGUCAGACCCUCUGCAGUCCCAGUAUGACUCCUGGUUGUCCCUGGUGGACCAUCUAAACAUCAAGGCUUUUGUCAACCUGACCCUGGCGGAUUCUGUGCGUCAUGGAGUCCAGCAUUUGCUCUUCAUCUCUGGACUAGGUGGGAUGCGUCCCAACACCCUUGUCCUCGGUUUCUAUGACAACUGCCCUCCAAAGGACAGUCUGAUUGAUCCAUCCCUCUCUACCAGUCAGUCCACAGAUCCCUCGGACCCUUCUCAGCUGGAGCAACAACCUCCCCUCUUCCACUUUGCCCCCCUGCGGGGGUCCAGCGACAGACAGGAUCAUGGCGAAUGUGGUGAUGGUAAGAUUCUGGGUCCCCAGGAGUACGUCGCCAUCAUUGCAGAUGCCAUGAAGAUGCUGAAGAACGUGGUUCUGGCUCGAUACUUCAACAACUUUCAGCGAGCUCAGGUCCUCUCACCACCCUCCUCCUCUCCAGGGAAGGGUGCAGUAUAUGUCGACGUCUGGCCUGUCAACCUCCUGCGUCCGGACAGCUCUAGCUACGUCGACACCUGCUCUCUCUUCCUGCUACAGCUUGCGUGUAUUCUCAACAUGGUGAGAGCCUGGCGGAAAGCUACGCUUCGUAUCUUCUUGUGCGUGGAGGAAGGACGAAGCGUGAGAGGUUCAGAGGAGAAGCUGGGUCAGCUGCUGAAAGAGUUGAGAAUCAAAGCUAAGAUCUACCCUGUUCCCUGGGACCAGCAGGUGGCGCUACACUGGCAACGUCAAGGCAAGUGGGGCAAGCCGCAGCCAUCUCAAACCCCUGAUACCACUAAAGAAGACAUGCAGAGAACAGACGGGGAGGAAGAGAACGACGACGACUAUGUUAAUAGCUUCCCGAGCAACACCAUGCGCCUGUCGGAUGACUACCUGUCAGCUGUCAAUAAGCUGAUUCUGGACCAGACCCGGCUACCGCCCGCUGUGCGUUUCCUGUACUUGCCCCGCCCUCCAGCUGACACACGGCGCUAUGCCGCCUACUUGCACCAACUGGAGCUGCUGACUCAGAACCUGGGGCCCACGCUGCUCAUCCACGGAGUCACACCUGUGAUCACCACCGAUCUUUGAGAAAUCCCCUUCUUGAUACGGUCAGUGAGGUGUGCCAUAGAUGCUGAGGUCUCUGAGCUUUGCAGUGUCCCCUCCUGCUGCUGAAGGUUUUUUAUGAAGGUGUUUAGACCUCUUUUAAUACACUUUCACCACAGACCUCAUCCCUGCCGUGGUACCACUCAACCCAAAAACAGGGGAAACAAAUUUGAAAUUUGACCCAGAGCUAGACGACACCGCUGACUCAUAGGCACCAUCUGCUCAGCCUUGCACGACAUGGACCAAUGUAGAACAAAAUCUCGAGAGAGUACAGCCGAUUUUUAGAAUGUUUGAAAUAAAGAUCAGGUAUUAUAUGGUACACCUUCGCCACUUGAUCACAAAAAAUCCAAAUAUUUAACCUCUGCUUGCUUUUAUUUGUGUUCUAAACUUGUAGUUUUGGUAUUCCCAUCAAGCACCUGAAGGCGCCAUGAUUUUAAAUUUUAGGCCAGCCUUGCCCUUCCUUAACAGGCGAAUGUAGAACAGGUGGAGUCAGCCAGCCAAUCAGAACCAGUAGAAAACAGCACAUGAUGUUCUUCUGAACACGUGUAAUAAUGCUACUGGGUCAGCCGACCUACAGGGGAAAAUCUCUGCUCAUGCAGAGAUUUACGUUCCACCCCUGUCUCUUCACUAACUACUUCUUCAUUCCUGCCUGUAACAGAGAGAGCAGUCUUAAUUCCUGAUACAUUGUAAGCUGAAUUUGAAGUAUCCCCUGACUCCCCUUCCUCCUUUCCUGAAAUGUUCUUCUGGUGUGCUGCUGCUCAAAUUCCUCUAAAUGAUCAUUCCAUAUGCCUUCAGAUCAAGAAGUGCCUUGCUAGUUAGGGAGCCUAAAGUUUGGACUCAAUCACACACUGAAAGUUUGGACUGCUUUACACCUUGGAGCAGUCAUUUGCAGGCAAUCUGCUUUUCCAUUUUAGGCGCUUAGAACAAUGAAAACAGUUAAACGACAACAGCGACGGUGCUAGCAUGGAAAUCUUCAAAGUUUUAUUCCAAAAAAAAAAAAAAAAUCAUUUUAUGUGGGAUCUCAGGAAGACAUUCCUCUUUUUAACAAAU